UUUAAUCUUGAGCUCCAUUUUUAUUUCUAGGGAGAGAGAGAGAGAGAGGUGAGAAUUUUCCUUGUUCCACACUUUAAUUUCUAGAGAGAGAAAAGAUGUUGCUGGCGGUUCUCUUCUCCAAUAGCGAUGGCAACAUCCUCGUCGAGCGCUUUCAUGGAGUUCCUUCCGAGGAGCGACUUCAUUGGAGAUCUUUCCUUGUAAAAUUGGGAGCAGAGAAUCUAAAAGGAGCUAAAAAUGAAGAGCUUUUUGUUGCUUCCCACAAGUCUGUGUAUAUCGUUUAUACUAUGCUUGGGGAUGUCUGCAUUUAUGUCGUCGGCAAGGAUGAGUAUGAUGAACUUGCUUUGUCCGAGGUUAUCUUUGUGAUAACAUCGGCAGUGAAGGAUGUAUGCGGAAAACCUCCAACUGAGCGACUCUUUCUCGACAAGUAUGGGAGGAUCUGCCUAUGCCUCGAUGAAAUUGUGUGGAAGGGGAUGCUAGAGAACACGGACAAGGAUAGAAUCAGGAGGUUGAUAAGGUUAAAGCCUCCCACUGAAGCCUGAUGCUAGUUUUAUCAGUCUGAAUGAGUUUAUCUUUGUUUUUUGUUGAGAAAUAUUGGUGUAAAUUUGCUUAAAUCACCAGCAAACUCGGAACAAACGUGAUAUUACUAUCUUACUUUAUCUUGUAAUAAAAACUUCAAGUUUUCCAAGUUCUUGCUGGCUAGUUAAUCCAUUAACUGUCGUUUACAAGCCU